AUGGGACAGUUUUCGUGGACUAUGCUAAAGUCCAAACCUGCGUCACUAUCAAAGGCUCUCAAAUCUGGAGAAAAGUGUAUCAAAGAAAUAACACGGUCAUUGUCCUCGUCGGCACAUAAAGUGCGCGUUUUAUCGCAAUUGGAGAGUUUUAUAAAGUCGCUGCAAGAAAUUGAAGCAAGCCAAGGCCUUGGAGACCUGGAGAAUCUCCCCUGUUUGUCGUUUGUCCAAGCAAGCGGGGUUAUUCAACUACAUCCUUCCUUUCUUGGAAACGUAUCAAGCGGGAUCUAUUCAUACCUUUCAAACUUUUUGAUGCACUAUGACGAAGAUUUAAAGGGUGUCUGGGUCAGCUGUGGUAACGUAAAACAGCUGGACUCCCUGGGAUACUUGACAAGCGGGGAUGCCUGCGGACUUGUAACGUUUAAAGUUGCGCUCAAAAUACUCGUCUUCAUACCGAAACUAGAUGAUAUAAUAGGAAAAAUAAAUAGAAUGAGGCCAACGAGUAUAUCAGUGCUAAUUUAUGGCGUUUUUAACGCAACUAUAAAAUCAGAAGAUGUAAAAGAUACUAUACAAUACGAUGGAACGCAGUAUAAAACGGUAACUGGUGAAAGGAUCAUAGAUAAUGAUACGAUCAUACCGCUAAAAAUCACAAACGUUACUGUAUUACCAAAGAACCGAUGGGUUAAUCUUACGGCAAUACUAAACAUUAAACAGUAG